GGCCAAUGCACAGCUGCUCCUGGAAUAAAAAGGAAAACAGACAAAUUUUUCAUGUAGCUCUUUUCACCCAGGAGUCUAGGGGUGUGAAACUGUUAGGGCAGUUAUAAAAUGAUAGCCCCUACUCCCACACUCUGGAAACUUACUUUUUUUCUUGGCAAAACAGGCGAGUUACUAAUUAAUCCACAUUCAACAUUGUCCAGAGAUUUCCUUUCCUUCCCAGUACAUAGGAAUUGGGAGAAGGACAAGGGAGGGGAAGGGCAACUGGGAAAACAGUGUGGAAGUAUCUUCUCAAUUUCAGGACUGGACGUGGAGACUGUAAGGGAAGGAGCAACUUGGUCAAAGUGUCUCUGUUGAACAUCUCUACUUCAGAAAGUUACUACUUAAGGAACAAGAAAGAAAAAAAGUACGGGAGUUGUUCUUCAGAUGAACUUUCUUCUCUUGAACCCAAUUCUUAUACCCUCUUGGAUUCAAGAGACGAAGUUUCCAAUCUCUUUGAAAAGGCAGCCUGUUGAAUAUCUGAGAAUAUUCAGGAGACUGGGUUGGGGUGGCCGGUGGACAACACUAACCAAGACUAGGGAAAAGUGGUGGAAGAGAACCCACCUCAGGAUGAGGUCGCUAGAGAAAGGGCCAGAUGUCAGAGAAUCUAGCCUUAGGCACUUCCUCAUUCCCACAGGAAGGAUGAGUCAUCCUGGCACUGACCAGGUAGAAAGGCCCCCGAAUGUCCUGCAGGAUCCUUCCUGUCAUGGCCUCUCUUCCAUUGCAAAAUUUCUCAGAAGGGGUGUGUGUGUGUGUGUGUGUGUGUGUGUGUGUGUGUGUGUGUGUGUGGGGGGGGGCUAGUAACCAUAGUUUCAAGGGACAUCUAAGUCAACUGGCAUAACACAGUUCAUAAAAAAAUGUUCUACAUCCUACUUUGCUGAGUAGUGUCUGGAAUUUUAAAAGCUUAUGAGUGGUCAUCUAAGAUAUAUCUAUCAGUCCCAUGCCAUCCAGAGCAAAGGAGAAUGAAGAAAACCAAAGGCACAAGGAAAAUAUUAGCCCAAAGGACUAAAGGACCACAUGAAACACAGCCUCCACCAGCCUAAGCCCAGAAGACAGAGAUGGUGCUUAGCUACCAGCACCCACUGCUCUGACAGGGAUCACAAAAGACAGUCCUGGACAAAGCGGGAGAAAAAUGUAGAACAAAAUUCAAAGUCAUGAAAGGAGACCAGAUUUACUGGUCUAACAGAGACUGGAGGACUAUGACCCCGCACGCACAUACUUCACUAACUCAGAACUGAAACCACUCCUGAAGCCCACGUUUCAAAGAUUAGAGCCUAUAAAACAAACAAUAACAUACAUAAGGAACAUGCUUUUUAGUUCGAUCAAAUAUGUAAGAACGAAUGGGCAACUCCUGUCCAAAAGCAAGACGAGAAGGUAGGAAAGGAAAGGAACUGGAUGAAUGGACACAAGGGAACCUGAAGUGGAAAGGGGCAGAGUGCCGUCACAUUGUGGGGAUUGCAACCAAUGUCACAAAACAGUAUGUGUAUAAAUUUUUGAAUGAGAAACUAACUUGAGCUGUAAACUUUCACAUAAGGUACACACACAAAUUUCCCAGAAGGGAGUGAGGUGGGUGGUUGGGAGGAAGAGAGGUGGGACAGGGACCAAGGUUCAUUAGAGGGAACAAAGUGAUCUAUCAGGAGGAUUGUGUAACUCUUAAGGCUGCAAAAGAGUUUGGUCAGAUCCACCCGUAGACCUGCACGCCAGCGGGUACCCCAUUUUGGGAAAGAAGCUGAAGCCCCUCAGAGUGCUCCAAGGGUGCAGAGGCUACGCGGACCUGUCGAUCAUGGAGCUCGCGCCCUGCCUGAUGCUGCUGCUUCUGCUGCCGCUGCAGCUGCUGCACGCCUCGGAGGCCACGCCGGAGCCCUGCGAGCUGGACGAUGAAGAUUUCCACUGCGUCUGCAACUUCUCGGAUCCAGAGCCCGACUGGUCCAAUGGCUAUCAAUGUAUGGCUGCAGUCGAGGUUAAGAUUCGCGGUGGCGGCCACAGUCUUGAGAAGUUUCUAGAGAUCGCCGAUACGGACCCGCAGAGAUACACUGAUGUGGUCAAGGCUCUGCGAGUGCGGCGGCUCACCUUGGGCGCUGCCCAGGUUCCUGCCCGGCUCGUGUUCGCCCUCCUUCAUGCGCUCGGUUACUCCCGUCUUAAGGAACUGACGCUCGAGGACCUGGAGAUAACCGGCACGUAUCCGCCGCCGCCUCUGGAAGCCACCGGGCCUGCGCUCUCCGCUUUACGCCUCCGCAACGUGUCGUGGGCCACGGGGGGUGCCUGGCUGGCCCAGCUGCAACAGUGGCUCAAGCCGAACCUCAAAGUACUGAGCAUUGAGCAAGCACACCCGCUUGCCUUUUCUUGCGAGCAGCUCCGCACCUUCCCGACUCUCACCACUUUAGACUUGUUAGACAACCCUGGACUGGGCGAGCGCGGGCUGGCCUCAGCCCUCUGUCCGCACAAGUUCCCGGCGCUCCAGGAUCUGGGGCUGCGCAACACGGGGAUGGAGACUCCGACCGGCGUGUGCGCGGUGCUGGCGGCGGCCGCUGUGCAGCCCCACCGCCUGGACCUCAGCCAGAACGCGCUGCGUUCCACCACAAACCCUGGCGCCUCUGGGUGCAUCUGGCCCAGCGCAUUGAGCUCUCUCAACCUAUCGUUCGCUGGACUGCAGCAGGUGCCUAAGGGGCUGCCGGCCAAGCUCAGCGUACUGGAUCUCAGCUGCAACCGACUGAACAGGGCGCCACGGCCAGAAGAACUGCCCCAGGUGGAAAACCUGAUACUGGACGGGAAUCCCUUCCUGGACCCUGGAGUCACCAAGCCCCAUGAGGGCCCGCAGAACUCGGGAGUAACCGGAGUCUGUGGGCACUCGGCCCUGGUAUAG